AUGCAGGCAGACUCCCUUCUUCACAGCGGCUACUUCCACCCUCUGCUACGCUCCUGGCAGUGUACAGCAACCACCUUUGAUGCCUCCAACCUCAUCUACCCUAUUUUUGUCACUGACAGCCCUGAUGCAGUGGAGCUGAUCCCCAGCCUGCCUGGACAAGCCAGGUACGGAGUCAACAAGCUGGAGGGGAUGCUGCGUCCCCUCAUCGAGGAUGGUCUGAAGUGUGUGCUCAUCUUUGGGGUGCCCAGCAAGGUCCACAAGGAUGACAGAGGCUCUGCUGCUGACGCAGAGGACACACCUGCCAUCCAGGCAAUCAAGAAGAUCCGCUCCACCUUCCCAGAGCUGCUCAUAGCCUGUGAUGUCUGCUUGUGCCCUUACACCUCACACGGGCACUGUGGCAUCCUGCGUGAAGACGGCACCAUCCAGAACGAGAUCAGCUGCCAGCGGCUGGCAGAAGUGGCGCUGGCCUACGCCAAAGCAGGCUGCCACAUCGUUGCCCCCUCAGAUAUGAUGGAUGGGCGCAUCGCAGCCAUGAAGAAGGCGCUGAUCUCUAAUGACCUGGGCAACAAGGUCUCAGUGAUGAGCUACAGUGCCAAGUUUGCUUCAUGCUUCUAUGGUCCCUUCAGGGACGCCGCACUAUCCAAACCCGCCUUCGGAGACAGGCGAUGCUACCAGCUGCCUCCAGGCGCCAGGGGCCUGGCGAUGCGUGCCGUGGACCGGGACGUGCGUGAGGGAGCUGACAUGCUGAUGGUGAAGCCGGGGAUGCCCUACCUGGACCUUGUGAGGGACGUCAAGGCUCGA